UUCGUCAAGCAGGCAGCCUCCCUCACUUCAGCUCGAGUCACUUAUCGGGAGUUGUCUCGCAGUCUGUCACUCCCAAGACGCAGUGGGCAACACUAGCGGCACAUCGGCAUCAUGAGAGAGAUUGUUCACAUACAGGCUGGUCAGUGCGGUAACCAGAUUGGGACAAAGUUCUGGGAAGUGAUCAGUGAUGAACAUGGCACUGAUCCAGCAGGAAAUUAUGUCGGUGAUUCAGCCUUACAGCUGGAGAGGAUCAACGUCUAUUUCAAUGAAGCGUCCUCCCAGAAGUAUGUUCCCAGAGCUGUUCUUGUGGACCUAGAGCCUGGUACCAUGGAUAGUGUUCGAUCUGGGCCAUUUGGUCAACUGUUCAGACCUGACAAUUUUAUCUUUGGUCAAACAGGUGCAGGCAACAACUGGGCAAAGGGCCAUUACACAGAGGGGGCUGAGCUGGUGGACUCCGUGCUGGACAUAGUGAGGAAGGAGUGUGAACACUGCGACUGUCUACAGGGGUUUCAGCUAACUCAUUCCCUUGGGGGAGGCACAGGCUCUGGCAUGGGCACACUGCUCAUCAGCAAAAUCAGAGAGGAAUACCCUGACCGAAUUAUGAACACCUUCAGCGUAAUGCCAUCCCCCAAAGUAUCAGACACUGUAGUUGAACCUUACAAUGCCACUCUGUCCGUACAUCAGUUAGUGGAGAACACAGAUGAGACAUACUGCAUUGAUAACGAGGCCCUUUAUGAUAUCUGUUUCCGUACUCUCAAGCUCACAACUCCUACCUAUGGUGACCUAAACCAUCUGGUGUCUGCAACCAUGAGUGGGGUUACUACUUCACUGAGAUUUCCAGGUCAACUGAAUGCUGAUCUUCGAAAGCUGGCAGUCAACAUGGUUCCAUUCCCUCGUCUACAUUUCUUCAUGCCUGGUUUUGCACCCCUCACAGCCAGAGGCAGCCAGCAGUACCGUGCUCUUACAGUCCCUGAGCUCACACAACAAAUGUUUGAUGCUAGAAAUAUGAUGGCAGCCUGUGACCCUCGGCAUGGACGUUACCUGACAGUUGCUACGGUUUUCCGGGGUCCCAUGUCAAUGAAAGAAGUUGAUGAGCAGAUGCUGGCAAUCCAGAAUAAGAAUAGUAGCUACUUUGUGGAAUGGAUCCCCAACAACGUUAAAGUAGCAGUGUGUGAUAUUCCACCCCGUGGUCUCAAGAUGGCCUCCACUUUUAUCGGCAACAGUACUGCAAUUCAGGAGUUGUUCAAACGCAUAUCAGAGCAGUUUUCUGCCAUGUUCAGGAGGAAGGCCUUCCUUCACUGGUUCACUGGAGAAGGGAUGGAUGAGAUGGAGUUCACAGAGGCAGAAAGCAACAUGAAUGAUCUGGUUUCAGAAUAUCAACAGUACCAAGAGGCCACGGCCAAUGAUGGGGAAGAGACCUUUGAGGAUGAUGAUGAAGAGGUCAAUGAAGAGUGAAAGUCACUCAGCAAAUUGUCCUCCAUGGCGUAGUGGUUUUUUUUCUAAAAUAAACAGGAAUGUUUGGGAAUGCUGUGUUUUUAAUAGUUCUGACCUAGUUUGAUUGUGCUGAACCUUAACACGAGUGUAUGAACUGUUUUCUAUACUGGAAUAUAACAUCUUUCUGACUGAAAAGUGGGGGUAUCAAUAAAACAUCUAAGAACAAUUUGUGGAGAAAAGA